AUGCCGUAUGUGCAGGUGCCACUCGAACAACGUAAACACGUUUGGUUUACUGAAGGGUUGGCAAAAUAUGUAGGAAACAAAAGAUGUUGGAAGGCUGUGUCUUACAAUCCAGGAACUAAGAAAAUAUUAACAUCUUCAGGAAGUGGUAAAAUUAGUCAGUAUGCAGAAUUAUAUGCUGUAUAUCAAGCACUGAAACAUGAGAUGCCAGGUACAUGUCAUAUUUAUACUGAUUCUUGGUUAGUAGCAAUUGGACUAGCAACCUGGUUGCCUACAGGGCAGAAAAAUAAUUGGAAAAUUCAUUCCAAGGAAAUUUGGGGAAAAGAAUUAUGGCAAUCAAUUUGGGAAAUGAUAAGUCAAGGUACUGUGACAGUAUAUUAUGUUGAUGCACAUUGUUCUGCAGACUCUUUAGAACAAUCGCUUAAUUCUGUUACAGAUGAACAAACAAGAAUUUCAGAAGUUAAUAUACAAGAUGAUUCUGAGCAUUAG